AUGAACAAUGCCCGGUUAUCGUCAGAUAGACUACCUGAGCCGGCCAUCAAAGACAAUGCUGGCGCCAACUUUGGGCCAUUAGGGGCAUUCUUCCUAGCGAAUGAAGCACAGAAAGGUCCUCUGGCAGGGGGCAGUAAUCCAAAUGAGUACACCUAUCAAGGCUUAUACGACAUCGGCCACAACCUUUUUGCAACCGACAAUCUCUUUUACAAUCCCUCCGCCCUUCAUGGAUACGUGGACGCUCUGAAAAUAUACCUGUCCUUCGUCGACCUGCUUGACUAA